AUGUCCAAAGAUCCUUCACGCCCCAACAUUGUGCUUGCUCUGGCCGAUAAUCUCGGCUGGGGUGAACUAGGAUGCUAUGGUGGUGGCGCUCUCCGCGGAGCUGCUACCCCGAGAAUCGACAAGUUGGCCACAGAAGGUCUCCUGCUCCAUAAUUUCAACGUUGAGAGUGACUGCGUCCCGACCCGGUCGGCUCUCAUGACCGGCCGCCACCCCAUCAGAACCGGGUGCCGCCAGUCAGUCCCGGCCGGCUUCCCGCAGGGUCUGACGAGAUGGGAAAAGACACUAGCCGAGUGUCUCAAGGACAACGACUACGCGACUGCCCACCAUGGAAAAUGGCACUUGGGUGAUAUCCCCGGGCGCUACCCUUCGGAUCGUGGCUUCGACGAAUGGUACGGCAUUCCGAGAACUACCGACGAAACACAGUUCACGUCGGCGCUCGGCUACGAUCCAGAAGUGGCAGAGCUUCCAUACAUUAUGAAAGGCGUAGCUGGUGGCGAGUCUGAAAAUGUCUGCGUUUACGACCUAAAGCAGCGGAGGCUCAUCGACGAGACACUGGUGGAAAAGUCAAAGGAUUGGCUCUCCCGACAGGUCCAGGAUGCCAAGCCUUUUUUCCUUUACCACCCUCUCGUUCAUCUGCAUUUUCCUACACUCCCACACGAGGAUUUCAGAGGCACUACCCGUCAAGGUGACUUUGCAGAUUCCAUGGCCGAGAUGGACUACCGGGUCGGUCAAUUGCUCGACCAUGUCGAGGCACUUGGCAUCGCUGAUAACAAUGUCUUCAUCUUUGCCUCGGACAAUGGACCUGAAUUUCGAGAACCGUAUCGGGGAACCGCUGGCCCUUGGUCAGGCACGUACCACACAGCUAUGGAGGGCAGCUUACGUGUGCCCUUUAUCAUUCGCUGGCCUGGCAAGGUUCCUGCCAACGUCACGUCCAACGGUAUGGUGCACGUAACCGACCUCUUCACUACAAUCUUGUCCAUCACAAAAUCAAGUCUUCCGAGCGAUAGACCCAUUGAUGGUAUCGACCAGUCCGAGUUCUUUCAAAAUCCGUCGGAGCAGGAGUCAAAGCGGACCGGCUUCUUAUUCUACAUUCGAGAGGAGCUCCGGGCUAUCAAGUGGAAGGACUGGAAGCUUCACCUUGUCUGGGAGCCCAAGGUCAAUCAGUCUUCUGGUAGACUCGAGUCUCCUUAUCUUUUUAAUAUAGUAAGGGACCCCAAGGAAGAAACAAAUAUACUUCCGUACAACACUUGGGUGAAGCAACCCAUGACAAAGCUCAAGACCGACUUUCUGAGGAGUCUGAAGAAUGACCCUGCCCCACCAGAUCCUCUCAAGGAGUUCUAG